UGCUGAAAUGACGGUUUUCUUCUGUGUGUUCCAACUAAAUAAAAUCAAACGGGACCUCAAACCGGGAAACAUGCCAAAGCAGAUAAGAUUUUGUUUUGAAAAUCCCAUACAGGAAAGGGUUCGUCAAACAUCGCAGCCCCGUCAGUCCAACCGGAAGUCCACGUCAUUACUAACGGCAGACUUCCCGAACUGAAGCGGUUUCAUUUCAAACCCGUUGUUGAAUUAUUUUCGUUAAUUUUUGGGACUAAAAAUGGCGGACGACGCCACGCGCAGGGUGGUGUCGCAGAUUCCGCUGCUGAAGACGCACGCCGGGCCGCGGGACCGCGCGUUGUGGCCACAGCGGCUGAAGGAGGAGUACCAGGCACUGAUCCACUUUGUGGAGCAGAACAAGAUGGCGGACAACGACUGGUUCCGCCUCGAGUCCAACGCGGACGGCACCCGCUGGACCGGCACCUGCUGGUUCAUCCACGAGCUGCUGCGUUACGACUUCCGGCUAGAGUUUGACAUUCCGGUGACGUACCCGGACACCGCGCCUGAGGCCGCAAUCCCGGAGCUGGACGGUAAGACCGCGAAGAUGUACCGGGGCGGGAGAAUCUGCCUGACUGACCACUUCGCGCCGCUGUGGGCCCGGAACGCGCCGCGUUUCGGCCUGGCGCACCUGAUGGCGCUGGGGCUCGGGCCGUGGUUAGCCGUGGAGAUCCCGGACCUGAUCAGCAAGGGCCACGUCGUCCACCGGGAGCAGCAAGGCGGGGCCUCGGAGUGACGUCACCGGAACAGAACUUUGAAUCCGUUCAGAGGAAGGAAUGACGUGCGGAGAUGAAAUAAACUGGAAUUUACUUCACCAUGCGAGUGAUUUCAUGUUGGAACAAAAUCAAACUCAAAUUAUCUUAAGUUAAAGAAUGACGAGAUAAACAUGUAAAUAUAAAUAAAUUUGUUCUGUGAAAAGCGGAAACGCCGCAGUAUGAGAAUGUGUGAAGAGAUCAAGUUACGUUCUUUUCCCAUUCCAAUCAGUCUGGAUAAUAAAUUAGCAAAGUUUGAUUCAAACUGAUAAUUAUCUCUAAGCGAUGAGCUAAUAAGAGCCCCUGUAAAAAUAACUAAUGAAAUACAUCUUUCCGGUUUCUCUUAAUUAUAAAUAUCAAUAAAAUGUAGAUUCGUCUUAUUAAGA